ACGGCCAGCAUGGGAGUGACCGCCCAACUCCUAGGCCCUAAGACAAAAAACCUAUGUUGGAAUCAUCAGCUCUUCCUCUAAUGUCCAGGCAGCUAGUUCGUAUAAAUUCCCUAUAUAUACAUGAAGUAACUUCAAACUUGAGCAACUCACUUUCUUGUUUAAAAUUAUUUUUCCGUUUUUGGGGUUGCAACUGCUGAACAGCACACAUGGCCAGCUUCCUUGCAGCCCCUGCAUGUCCACUGGUUGCCCUGCCCACCACUACCAGGGCCAGUUUCACCACCGUUCAGCAAAAAAGCUUCUCUGUCAAUGGAGGCCCUUUAUUUUUGGGGGUAAAACAUGCCCAGAAUAUUCAAUUCUCAAAGGCAGCUAGCAUUUCCUCUACCAGGUGGAGAUGCUUCAAGGCCACAAUUUCAUGCUCUGCUCAACCCGAAACCCUGGAAACCGUCCAAAGCACCAUUGCUAAGCAAUUGUCUGUUGAAGUCAGCACAGUAACUCCUGAAACCAAGUUUGCUGACUUGGGUGCUGACUCCCUUGACACGGUAUUCCCUCUUUAAACAUGCAAUUCUUCUAAUUUUGUAUCCUUUCUUAAUUAUUCAUCCAUGGUGCAUGUCCUUUCCUAUUUCUUUACAUCCCAUAAUACUGGAGGCCUCGGGUAACUACAAAGGGAUAGAGAGAUAGAGAGAAUAUAACCUGAUGAAGACAAGAGUACAUGUUAACAUUGUGUAAUUGCUUGACAUUUUCACUUCAUGAGCUGAGCCAUGUAUAAACAUUGUAAAUAACUUCAGGUGGAAAUAAUGAUGGCGUUGGAAGAACAAUUCGGCGUGUCAAUAGGCGAAGGUGGUGCAGAGAACAUUGCAACUGUUCAAGAUGCUGCAGAUCUCAUUGAGAAAGUGAAGGCCGCAGCAUGACGGGAAACAUUUCCAGGAAUCAAGAUUAUAUAAAUUGUCAUGAUGUGGCUAUUUCGCAUGUGCCAAAGGAAAAACCUAAAAUUGUUUUGCAGGGAGCAAUUUUUGUUCGGGUCGUCUAAAAUUAUGAGUUUUUCUUUCCUUCAAAGACAAAUAGAAAAUCUAAUGCGUGCAUGAUGGAAAUGAUGUAUCAUUGAGCAUUGGCACGUUUCCUUGAUUAAUAAAAGAGAAGUACUGCAGUUGUUCUGCAGGUAGCAAUUUUUGUUUCAAAUUGCUCAACAAUCAGUAGCAGUUGUGUAUAUUCAUUGGUUGCAGCCCAAUAGUACAGUAAUUGCUCUUUCCAACAUCAUUCAUU